CGGUUUAAAUCCCACGAAAGUCGACAUGAUUUUGACAGCUGAAAAGAUUGUAAUAUAUGUGUAUAUAUUUUAAACAAGGGUCAUUGGUUGAAAAAGAUUGGUAAUGAUGUGAGUGUUCAUCUAGACCUGUUUGUCAUAGUUGUGGAGUCUGGGUGACAUCUCCCUUUGUUUUCAUACAUUAUGGCUGCCUCUUGGGACAAAUCAAGCGUAUGCUCCCUCCAGUCAUUUUUUGGUGGAAACUGCUCACCUUACUCAAAAUUCGAACAUGAAUUAGACCUAGUGAAACUGGAAGACUGUCACAGAUGCCUGAGAUCACAUCUGCAGCUCUGUAAACUAAAUGAAAAACUAACAGAAGGAGAACUGAUCGCCAGAAGAGCUGGGAUAUUUUGUGAUUAUGACCUUUAUCAAAGUCUGACUGUUUGCCCUUUUCAUAGAUACAGUAAAAGUUUGCAGUGGAAACCCGGAAGAGUGUGUCUGCAUCCUGAUCACCCUGAACAUUCAAAGGCAAAGCCUCAGCAUGGUCUUUCUUCCUUCUAUGCAUUUGAACUAUUUAAGAGUUAUGGAUGUUUACUCCCAGUUGGAACAGGAUUAUGUAAACCAUGCUAUCAGGAGAUGAAGAUGAAGUUUAAAGAACAAGAGACUGCGCAAGUCAAAGAGAAGAUGGAACAAGAAGAGGAUAAGGAUAAGGAUAAGGAUGAGGAGCACCUUCAGCUUGAUUCUCUAUCUGACGGAACACAAAGUUCACAGAACUUAUCUCAGGCGUCAAACUGGAGUUCUGAAGAAAUGAAAGGUACUUUACAGCACGCCAAUGAUGUUGUUAGCCUUAUAUCUAGUGGCCAAUUCAGCCCUUUAAGAGGACAGCUGCACACAAAAAUAUCCAAAGCAAAGCCAAGCACUUUAAGAUAUUACAAAAGGAAAGCAGAGGAAUCUACAGAUGCACUUUUGAAUCUUUUUGCUCCUGGACAGUCAAAAGAAUUAAAGUUGCUUAUUUUACCACAACCCGAGAGACCAAAAUCUGAUCCUGAUAUGAUGGAAAAAGUUUUAAAACUAUAUAAAGAAACAUCUGACAACAACCUUAAGGUACAACUUUUAUCAAUUGUGGCAAAAACAAUGACAAAGGAUGAGUUGUUACAGCGCCUUCCAGGUUUGACAGUAUACAAAAUUGAUCAGGCAAGAUUGCUUGGAGAUACACAUACCAGAACAACAGUGGAGGAGAAAGUCAAAUUCACAAGACAAAGAAUGGAUUCAGAAAAGAUGCAACAUGCACUCAACUUUUUCUUUGAUCCUUCUUUUAUGCAAAUAGUUUCAUAUGGAACAAGAGAAAUGAAACUUGACUCUGGAGAGAAUAUUACUAUUCCAGAUGUGGUGCGAACAUUGUGUCACUCUCAUUUAGUUGAUAUGUAUGUAGCAUAUUGUAAGGAGACAGAUUUCCAACCACUUGGAAGAACAUCCCUUUUUCAUAUUCUGCGUGCUUGUGCAGCAUCCAAAAGAAAGAAUUUGAGAGGAUUGGACAACAUCACAACUGAAGGCGUGGAAGGCUAUACAGAGCUACACAGACUGAUUGACAAAUUAAAAGACCUUGGCUUGAUGUCAAUAGAUGUUCAUUCAGAAAUCUCCACCAAACUCACUGCCAGCAGAAUAUACAUGAAAACAGAUUAUAAGUUACACGUGGAGCAGUCAAGUAUCUGUGCUGACCACUGUAUUGACUGGAGCCUGAGUGAUCCAUCAAGUAAAGAUUUCCAAAAUACUUGUCUUCACAACCAUACACUGAAAUGUGACAGAUGUGAACUUAUCAAAGAAGUGGAAUCGCAGCUAAAUUCUUCAAUAGAUGCUCUCCAUAUGAACCAAGAAGCUGUAAAUGCAUGAGUA